AACAUUCGUCGGAGAAUCAUGAGUCGAAACGAGCACUCGUUACAGGCUCUGUCGUGGAGAAAGCUUUAUCUGAGCCGAGCGAAACUCAAAGCCUCCAGUCGCACGUCGGCUCUUUUAUCAGGUUUCGCAAUGGUGGCCAUGGUAGAAGUACAGCUUGAUACCAAUCACGACUAUCCACCAGGACUGCUUAUUUCUUUCAGCGCCUGCACCACUGUGCUGGUGGCCGUCCACCUGUUCGCCCUGAUGGUGAGCACUUGCAUCCUACCCAACAUCGAAGCGGUCAGCAACGUGCACAACCUCAACUCGGUGAUGGAAUCGCCUCACGAGAGAAUGCAUCGCCACAUCGAGCUGGCCUGGGCUUUUUCUACCGUCAUUGGAACGUUGCUUUUCCUGGCCGAAGUGGUCUUGUUGUGCUGGGUCAAGUUUUUGCCCAUUAAGCCGAAAAACCAGAAAAAUGAUACCAUCUCCGCCGGGGUGGCUGCCGCGAUCACGUCUACCUCCAUCAUGGUGCCUUUCGGAUUGAUUUUUAUCGUUUUCGCUGUGCAUUUCUACCGCUCGCUGGUCAGCCACAAGACUGACAGGCAGUUUCGAGAGUUGGAGGAGCUGGAGGACUUGCAAAAUGAGCUGGACCAUAGAGGAGAUGCGUCUACCUUACAAUCUCCAAGUUCCCUUUACCCUUAACUUUGAGUUUGGGAAAGAGCAACGGUUCAUAUGUAAAGUUUUAAAACAAGAUAUUGAUCUAUUUGUUGCAUGUUGACUCCAAAGUGUCUAGAUUUAUAUGUGUAAACUGUUUCGAAGAGCUCAGAUGCAAAAUGUGUCUUGACAUGUUUUCUUGUAAAUUAGUUUUUUUUUUUUAUCAGACUCUUAAUGGAUUCUGCCAACAAACCGGUAUUUCUGACCUGAGGCCUCAUUCUGGGAUUAAGCAAAUUUGAAGUAAACAUAUUUAAUGAACAUAUAACACCUGCUGAGAGCGUUCGGUUAAUAUCUUGAUUUUAUUUUUGACAAAGGUGGCGUUUAGUGGCCCUUUCAUCUGAGCUCCACAUUUAUUUGAGCUUAGAUUGAACUAUGAAAGCAUGCACUGCAAACUAUUUUAGUCGUUUCUAUUUAAUUCCUUCUUUUUACACCACAGAGAGUCUUUUAUUUUCAGUAUGUCAGCUGUGCCAACUUUGUUUUUAGGCAAGCUACAGUCUUAACAGUGCAGCAUGUCAUUUUUGUACCACUGGAUAUCACCAGAUCAGUUUGCAAAAAAUUGAAACAAAAGUUACCACUAGUUGAACCAGCAUUGCGUUAUCACACAAUAAUGCUUAUAGUUGUCUCUGCAUAUUAUGAUAGAUAAGAUGUUUACAAAAACACAGUUUUGGGUAAACCCCAAAGAUCGUACAAGACUACUGCUAAUAUUUUUUUAACACUGAUGAGAACUUAAUAUACAUUUUGUGAAUGUACAGGGGACACUUUCAUUACUAUCUGACCAAAACAUUUUUUACGGCAGGUGUUUUGAAUCAGGGCUUUGCUGAAUAAUGGCUCAAACCCAAAAUAUUGGUCUUACUAUCACUCCCUUAGAUCUUUUUCAUAACCCCCUUAAACUGAUAGAAAUGAAGGCACUUUAUACAAUAGUAUCAUGUUUGUUUAACCUUUUCAGUACCAUUUGAAUGUCUUAUUAAAGGGAUCUUUAUUCAUUUUAAGAUUUGAACCAAGCACUUAGUGUUUUCAGCAUUGGUAAGAUUGUAUAAUUGCAUUGGGAAAGUGUUUAGCAUAAGAUGCUACAAGAAGUGAUUGGCAACAUUGCCUUUUAAUGAUCGUGUUGCCAAUUACAGUUCAAAUGUGAAAUACUUAUGUUUAAAAUCUUGGUGAAUUCUGACACACUUGUUGUAAGUGCACAUCAUAUCCUGGGAUUUUAUUGGUCUCCAUUAAUUAUAUUUUGAGCAAAGUCUUAAAUAAACUUCAACCAUACUCCAACA